AUGCGUGCUUUUCUUCUUCUUCUGGUUCUCAGUCCUCCAGUAUGGAGCGUAAGUUCUGAUAGAACUCUAAGAUUGCAAGUUCCUCUCUGGGAUGUAUCUGAUCUGUACUCCCGGCUUUCAAGCGCUUUCAAUCCACCAAGCACCACGCAGAUGCCGCUGGAGACUCCAGGGGCUCCUGCUUAUUGGGAUGAUUAUUACAAUGAGAUGCUCCUGAAAUACCAUAACAAGAAACAGGAGUACGGAUUAUAUUCAGCGAGUGAUCUGGUGCCAGUAGAUCCAAUACAACCUCUUCCUCCUCCACUGCCUCAGCGGCCCUUGCGACCACUAAGACCACUGAGACCCCUUCGUCCGAAUCGACCGAGACCCAAACCAACUCGAAGACCUACUAGAAAAACCACAACUACCAGAAGGCCGAGACGAACGACCAGGCAAUCUACAACCAGUACAACGAGUACAACAGUCACGUCAACAUCAACCAAUCAAGCACCCUGGAGUUCAUCAAGUAGUGAAGUUUCAUCAACGACCCAGUCAUCCACCAGCACAACAAUUGCUCCUGCAACAAACUCCACAACUCCAAGCUCUAGCUAUGCCCUCCAAGCCCCGACAGUACUCAGUGUGGAUGGGCAGGCGGCAUUUGAAGUGGAUCUCCGACCUGAACAGAAGUUAACAGUGCAGUCCCCGCCCCAGUCCAUGACCUCGCUGUGUCACAACUACCCUCGCCUCUGUGCCCAGCCAGAGGAGGCGCAGUAUGUCCGUCUAACCGAUGGGAAUGGGACGCCGAUGCUCCUUAUAUUCCCAGUUCUGAGUGAAAGCGCCGAGCUCGGGACUAAGCAGCAACUGCAGCAGCUAACCAUUACAUCGGAGGCCCAUUCCGUGUCCUCGCUCUGCUAUCACUAUGCCCAGCUGUGCAGGAAGCCGGAGGAGGCGCAGUUUGUGCGCCUCACCGAUGAACAAGGCAAGCCCCUGCUGCUGAUAUACCCUGCGGAGGCAGAGUAUCCGCUUGCCCUGGGCAAGUCCUUCAGUGUUAUGUCGAAACCCACUCGAAGACCUUCUUGGCAGCGGAAUUUGCCAGAAUAA